CUUUGUCAGUCUGAAUAAUAUUACAUAAUAUAUUGUUGUAACAUUUAAAAAAUGAACUUAUGAGCGCAUAGUAAUUUUAAAUUUUAGUAAAUGUCUUAAAAAAACAACAAUGAAUUAUUAUUACAACGAAGAAAUGGAAUCAAUUGAAACAAUACUAAAAAUGCUCAAGGUGUGUUCAAAAUAUUUUCCAGUACCAACAAUUGUUGAAGAUCAGGAGUUAAAACAAAAAAUGAAUAAUUUGAGUAUUUUACAUAACAUGUGGUCAAAUAAGUUGUUAGAUAGCUUAUAUCCAUCCGAGGUGUAUAAGCAAGUUUGUGUGAUGUUUUCUGAGAACGUUUUUCGAUCAUUGCCAAAAUCAUCUUAUAUGAGCAAUGAAGAAAUAAGUAAUGAAAUGAUGUGGGAGUUCCAACAGUUAAGUCCAGUAUAUAAUGUUUUUGAUGCUUUUCUGUGUCUUGAUGGAUUCGACCCAGAAAAAGCUAUAAUAUACAUUGACAAAAAAUUUAUAAAUUUAUCUAUAAGACGCCUGGACAGUUGUAUGGAGGCUGAACGGUUGUGGAUUAAACAAAUUCUUUUGAAAUUAUACGAAAAAAUGUUUAUUUUGAGGAAAGAUAUUUACUAUGCCGUUAUUAAUUCUUUAACUGAUUACGGUUAUCAACAAAUCAGUGAUUUUAUGGGUGUAAAAGAAUUGCUUGAAAUAUUUCAAAUUUAUUUUGAAAAAAAUUCAGUGAAAGAGACAUUACUUAUUAAGGUAUUGUUACCUUUAAUGAAACGUAAUGGUUUGGUUCAUUAUAUUAUGUCGCUGGAAUUUUGUUAUCAAUCAGCAAUACGACGCAUAAAUCCAAACCUAUCAGUCAUUUUUAUGGAGUACAUAUUGACAAAUUGGUCAACUAUUAAUUCAACGUUACAUUUGCCGUGGUGUAAAGUUUUGAUAUCACUUUAUCAACAAUGUGGUGUUGUUCAAUGGUCACAGAUGCGUCAUAGAGUGGUGCGACAUUUGACAAAGUUAUUAAAAAGCGAAAGUCAUACUAUUUGCGGAAUUUCUAUACAUUUUUGUGUCAUGUUAGUAAAUGGAGAAAAUCAACUACUUUGCGAGGACGCUGAGUGUAUUUCUGAAGCCUUAGUUGAUAUUUACAGGACUCAUUGGAGUUACAGUUGUGUUACAGAUGCGGGUUCUUUAUUAAAACGUUUAGCUGAUGAUAAAGAUCUUCUAAAAGGUCCAAGCCGAUUGUUAGCCUUGGAAGCUCUCAUUGAUGAUCGUCCCCAUAAAAUGGUGCAAUCAAUGAUUGAAGAUAAUAUUUAA